AUGCCCGCCGCCUACCCGCAGCGAGCCCUAACGGUGCUUCUGCUCUUCGGGACUCUGGCCGCUGCGAUGGCCCUGCUCGCCUCCAGCCUCAUCUUCCAGCUGCCGUCGGGAAGGGCUGGCACCGGUUCCGGUGCUGGUUCUGGUCCCGGUACAGGGAGAGGAGCUUUACCGGAGCCUGCUGCCGCCGUGCUGCUGCCGGUGUCGGCCGUGCUGGCCGCGCUCUGCCUGGUACUCAACGUCAGCUGCCUCCUGCUCUGCCUCCUCCACGGCUACUUCAGCACCGAGCUGUGCCGCGGGCAGCCCGGUCUCGACCGGGCAGAUUGGUUCCUCCUGGACAGCCGAACCGUUCGCCACGCUGCCAUCGGCCUCUUCUGCUGCGGGGUCUCAGUCUACCUCACAGCUCUUGCCAUCUACAUGCUGCUGCUGUUCGAGCUGGAGGCUGGCAUCGCCAGCGCCUGCAUCCUCUGCUCCGGCAUCGUUGUGCUGCUGCUCUCCGUGUCCCACGCCCUGCUCCGCGCCUCCCAGGCCUCUCGCCGCGCUCGCUCGGAGCUCUCCCACACCCUCUACGAGAACGACUCUGCCCAGCAGGGAGACUCCUCCACCAGCGACCUCAACAACAAGACCGUGGCUCCACCCCGCGCCCGCCCUGAAAUUCACCGGGAGUUUUCCUUCCCUCCAUUCCUGGAGCGCAAAUCCCAGCUGGGCUCCGCAGCCAGCAGCAACCUCACCUCCUGCGGGGAGCAGGAGAGCUGCAACCUGCCCAGGACGCACAGGACGCUGGCAGCAGAGCCUGGGCUGCUGCAGGCACAGGGCAAGCCCUGGAAUGGAGUCACCCAGGAGAUGAGGAACGUCCUGGCCCGGAAGCCUGGAGCCUCAGGCAAGGACUCUACGCUGGUGUGA